UUACUAUCUAAUAGUCACAUGCAUUCAAACCUUACAAAUUAAGUUAAGUAAACCUCAAACGUUAUUGUAGUUAUUCGGAAAAAAACAUGUUUUAAAAAUGGGAAGUUUGAAAGUAUCACUUUUAUUUGGAUUAAUAGCUUACCUUUUUUACAAUCUCAACUCUCCGUCUAAGACACUAAUUGUAAGAAAUGUAAACAGCACAUACGACUACAUCAUUGUUGGGGCCGGUUCAGCUGGUUCCGUUCUGGCUGCAAGACUUUCUGAAGAUCCAGAUGUAAGUGUCCUUCUUAUUGAAGCCGGUGGCGAGGAAACAGACAACUCAACCUUCUAUGAUCCGCCAUUGCUUGCACAAUUUUUACAACAUGCUGAAUCGGACUGGGAGUACUACACCACGUCUCAAACGAAGUCUGGAAUGGCAAGUUUGACUGGUGGAAACAGACACUACUGGCCUCGUGGAAAAGUUCUUGGAGGAUCAAGUAUGUACAAUAAUAUGCAAUACGUCAGGGGAAGUAAAUAUGACUAUGACGAAUGGGCGGAAAACGGAUGCAUGGGUUGGAGUUAUAAAGAUGUACUGCCCUACUUCUUAAAGUCAGAAGACAUUUUGUGGAGAGAAUUCGAAGGCUCGGAAUACCAUCAUAUUGGUGGACCAUUGGGCGUGAGUCUGGAUACUGUUUUUAUAGAUUUGGGGAGGCGAUUUGUUAAGGCUGGUAAAGAAUUAGGAUACCAAGAAAUCGAUGAUUAUAAUGGCGAGAACCAACUCGGUUUUGGAAUCAGCCAAACCUCCGUGAGGAAUGGAGUACGAGCAAGCACAGUUAAAGAGUUUCUACGGCCGAUUUUGCUUCGCAAAAACUUACACGUUGCUGUUAACUCGCAUGUAACGAAAGUCAACAUAGAUCAGAAAACCGCUACAGGUGUGACAUUUGUUAAAAAUGGAGUAAAGAAAAUUGUCACAGCGAGAAACGAAGUAAUUUUGUCUGCUGGAGCAAUUGGUUCGCCACAUAUCCUCAUGUUAUCAGGAAUAGGUCCUAAGAAACAUUUGGAGAGUUUAAAUAUAAAUGUAGUAAAUGAUCUCCCAGUUGGAAGAAAUUUACAAGACCACCUUAUGAUAGUGUACCCUUCAGAUGUUAAUGAAACAUCAGAGGUUUUACGUAAGUCGCAGGCAGAAGGUUCCUUAACAAAUGUGAAGUACUUAUUAUUUAAAACUGGUGCCUUAUCAUCAACUGGUAUCGCUGGAACAGCAUUUAUUAAGUCGUCGGAACAAGUUGAAAAAUACCCGGAUAUUCAAUUUCAUAUUGGUGUCACAAAGCUGAAUUUAGAUAUUUUCAACUUUAAUGCAACAUAUCUCAAAAAUGUGUACGAUAAGGGUUUUAAGGAAGGGUUUGUACUGUUCACAAUAUUGUUGCAUCCUAAAAGCCGCGGUACGAUAACUUUAAAAAGUACCGAUCCGUUUGAUUAUCCAAACAUUGAUCCGAAUUAUUUAGACCAUACACAGGACAUUGAGGACUUAAAGAGAGCAAUAAAGAUAUCGGAGAAGUUACUUGAGACAGACACUUUUAAACAAAUAGGGGCGAAUUCCGGUACCUUUAAGAAUGCCGAUUUCUGUGCAAUGCAUGAAUACAAGUCGGAUGAAUUUUAUGAAUGUCUGAUAACAAAUUUAGCUCAUACUGUUGCUCAUCCAACGUCAACAUGUAAGAUGGGUUCAGACACAGACCCGGAAGCUGUCGUUGAUCCUGCGAUGAAAGUGAAGGGAAUAGAAGGUCUUCGAGUGGUAGACGCUUCUAUAAUGCCUAAUAUCGUUUCUGGGAAUACUAAUGCACCAGUUAUUAUGAUAGCAGAAAAGGCUGCUGACAUGAUCCGCGGCAUAGACACGGUUAAAGACAUUUAUAAAAAAUAAGACUAAAUGAAUAGAUACUGCAACAAAUUAUCUUUUACACAACGUACAUAUGAAUCUAGUUGUUGGAAAUUUUAUCAGGCAAUUAAAGCUUAUGUUCAAAUAACUUUGAGGGGAGGGUUUAACAUACAAUUUAAGAUUUUAGAAAACUGAACGGUUGAGUAAAGGAUCAUGAACAACAAACGUCUUAAAAGUUAAUUCAAAACAUCAUGCUAGUGACUCUCACCAAGAUUAUUUGAAAUCAAAUCUUACCGGCUUUUAGCUAAACAGAUGAUUACACAUUAAGUGUAACUGCACAUAUCAUUAUUUAUUUUACCAAACUGCUUCAUCUAUGUUUUUAAUAUUUCAUAAAUUGGACACUUCGUAUGCAAGUUUAAAAAAAUAUAGCUGAACUUGCGUAUAUGUUCGAGGAGAUACUAGACAUUGGCACUGUUCAUCGAAAUCAUUUCAAUGGUUUGAUGAAGCAAGUAAUCUUAUAUAUUUUAGCUAUCUUCAAAUACAAUCCUUAAAACACACAAAAUGAAAACACAUGCUAUAACCUACCAUCGGAAUGCUCGGGCUGAGCUAUUAUGAUCACUCCAAUCCUUCGUCCAUCAGUGUUCCGUUUUCCUGUAAGACAUCUCCUCUGAAAAUUUAAAAUUAUAUUCUCCAGACAUCCUGUACGAAAUUUAACAACUGUAAAAGACUUGUAUUUUUGUUCAAAAUUACAGUCUUGAUUUUAUCAAAUUUACACCUGUAGAUUUCAUAUAAAAACAUUGAUGUUACAGCUGUAGAUUUCAAUUUACAGCUGUAAAACGGCUGUAAAACAGGUCAAAAUACGUAAAUGAGAUACAGCUGUAAAUAAAGACUUACAGCUGUGAAAUUAGAUAUUAUAUAUAUUAAAUUUAAUAAUUUCAUAAAUAGGUCUUGAUGAGUGAUCUCAAAUGAUUAUGUCUCCCCAUGUAUGAGGGUGGGGGGGCAUACUGUUUUUGCCUUCGCCGUCCGUCUGUCCGACAUUAAGCUUGUCCGGCUUUCACAGGUCAAACUACUGGUCGGAUUUCGCACAUGCAGAAUUCAGCGACCCGAGUGAGGUUUUAACCCCCACUUGUGAGGGGUAAGUGAUUCGAAGUCGGCGACCUUAACCACUCGGCCACGAGACCCCAAUAUACAGCUGUGGGGCGCAUAGUGCCAUUGUAGACAUAGUGGCCAGAUGGCUCACCUAAGUUUAACCCCCACUUGUGAGGGGUAAGUGAUUCGAAGUCGGCGACCUUAACCACUCGGCCACGAGACCCCAAUAUACAGCUGUGGGGCGCAUAGUGCCAUUGUGGCUUUAAUGGUCAGCUGUGAAUUUGGGACAUGACCGUUUUACAGCUGUAACUUUCAGCUCAUUUUUACAGCUGCAUUUUUGAGACCUACAUGUUUUACACCUGUAGAUUUCAACUGUAUCCCUGGUAUUUUUAUCACUUACAGGAUUUUUACGGCUGCAUUUUUAAAAUACAGGUCUUUUACAGACGUUUUACAGCUGUAAAACAGGUCCUAUUUUCGUACGGAAUACAUAAAAUAAUAUAUUCAAGUAAUACAACCUUUAAUAAUUUCAUAAAUAGGUCUUGAUGAGUGCUCUCAAAUGAUUAUGUCUCCUCCAUGUAUGAGGGGGAGGGGGGCAUACUGUUUUUGCCUUAGCCGUCUGUCUGUCCGUCCGUCCGUCUGUCGAAAUUUAGUUUGUCCGGCUUUCACAGGUCAAACUGCUGGCCGGAUUCCGCACAUGCAAAAUUCAGCGACCCGAGUGAGGUUUUAACCCCCACUUGUGAGGGGUAAGUGAUUCGAAGUCGGCGACCUUAACCACUCGGCCACGAGACCCCAAUAUACAGCUGUGGGGCGCAUAGUGCCAUUGUAGACAUAGUGGUCAGAUGGCUCACCUAAGUUGAAUUAUGUACUGUCGAUAUCAGAAGAUGCGAACAAGAACAUUCCACUGAAAAACUGAAGGUUUGUCAUUGAGUGCAUCCCCUAUAAGCCUAUCAGCCUUGAAUCUCUUAGCAGAUCUUACUAAUUGUAAUCUACAAUUUUCUUAAAAGUUGUUGUUAGUGAGCUAGUUUGCUAUAUUAAAGAUUUUUUUCUUGUU